AUUGCAAAUGUCAUCUAACCCUUAAGAUUCCGAAAUAUAUGAAAAAAAAGAAAUUUUGAAUUGAAAACACUCUAACAAAUUCUGCUGUCGACAAAAUGAUCAACUCACCAACAUCAACUCUGACAAUUGUGUUCCUAAUUCUUAUGAAAAAUGUACAACAUUGGAGCACACACGCCACCAAGGAGGUGGUCAAUCUCGAUACGCUGUACGAUGAUAAGAUGCAUAAUUUAGCCAAGAGAAUGGAUCUGCAAGUGUGCUUGGGACAAUUCGAUGUUCACAAGAAUACCAUCAUUCGCACGGGCGAAUCCCAAGCCAUUGGUGGUAAAUAUCUACAAGGAUUGGAACUGGACACAAUGGAAGAGUGUCAACGUCUGUGCUGUGAAACCGAAUCGUGUGAUGUCUACAUUUUCGAGAGUAAAAAAGAUGGCUAUUGUUAUCUCUUCGAAUGUGGUACCCCGGAAAAUUUCCAUUGCAAAUUUACACGUCAUGCCAAUUAUACCAGUGCCGUUUUGACACCGGUCAUUCGAUCUACCAUUGAAGUUACCACUCCCCACCCUGUGGUGGCACACAAGACAUCUUCGGCCAUAUCGCAACAAGAAUGGGAAUUAUCAAAUUUAAAAAUGAAACCUGAAGUGAGGGAAAAGGCAGCCGAAAUGGGUUUGCCGGCAUUGGGUGUAAUGAACACCAACACCAAUGCAAAGAAAUCGGUGGUAGCAUCAUCGGAUGUGGAAGUGACCAACAAAGUCAAUUCAUCGGUCCAGUGUGGUCGUUUUCAGUUUGCCUGCCACUCAGGAGAGUGCAUAGCGGUGUACAAUGCCUGCGAUGGCAUUCCCCAAUGCGAGGAUGGCAGUGAUGAGGGGCCGGAGUGUUCUGGAGCCAAUGCCAACACCAACAACUUAACUCCAAGUUCAAAAUCUUCAUCGGACACCCAACCGAACAAAGCUUCACCUCAAAUGACUCAAUAUCAGUCUCAGGCUUUUAUGCAACAAUCAGCCCAACAACAAUUACAAAAUAUGCAACAAAUCCAACCAUCAUCGCAUCAAAGUCAAAGUGCCGGAGUUAUGCCAUCCGUUCCAGUGGUCAACAAUCGUGAAGAUCCAACGGUUUGGGAAACAAGGAAAAUCGUUUCGGGAACCCCCAUCAAUGUCAACAAUGCUAACGUUGAUUUACAAAACAUGAAUCCCAUAUCUCCCGGUGGAAGUGUUGCCUCGGCCGAUGGCUUUACAGCCUACAUUAAUAACCGGCAAACGGCGGCGGCUACGCAUGGAAUAUAUGCACCGGCGACAAGCUCAGAUGGCAGUGUACCCAUUGCCAAUGUUGUUGGUGGCAACAGUGGGGGUUCUACCCUGGAACAAAGUGGUCUUUAUGUACAACAUGUGACUGGUGGUGGUCAAGAUCCUAAUGGCUUGUAUGUUCAACAACAGCAGCAGCAGCAACAACAACAGCACAUUCUCUUACCUCCUCCACCUCCCCCGCCGCCAGCACCAUUGAAUUCUAAUUGGCAACAGCAGGCAAUACUUAAUCAACAGAAACAACAACAACAGGGAUUAGUAAUCUCACAACAACAACAGCAACAACAAAUUCCACUGCCUCAGGGUUCCGCAUAUGCAAUGUCGAAUGAUGGAUCAACUCAGCAACAACAGUCCCAACCUGUGGCCAGUAUUAUGAUGCAGCAGCAACAACAACAAACACAACAACAACCUGCCCAAUUAUCGGUGCCUUCUUUAUCCCAACAACAACAACUACAAGCUCUGGGUGAAACAAAAUCAUCGGUUGGCACCUCAAAUCAUCCUUCACUCACACAAAUUGCUAAAGCGGAUGAUUCCGAUGAAUACGAUGACUCAGAGGAGAAGUCAACGGAACCACCAAAGAAGCACAAACACAAGAAGGGAAAAUCGAAAUCAAAGGACUUGGAUAAAUCUGCAGAACCUAUUGAAGAAGCCUCAGCCUCUCAGCAUUCGACCGCAUCAAAGACGACAUCAAAUUCUGUGAAAACAAUAAAAACAGCAGUUUCGCCCGUGCACGAACAAUACGAAAUAAUUCAUCAAAACAUGGCUCUGGAAUUUCGAGAUCAUGACGGCCAAUCCGAGAGACCGGGUGGGGCAGUGCUAUCGCUCACCCUGGGUCUUCUAAUUACGGCAGCAUUGGCCAUACUCAUUGGCUGUCGUAUGCGUACAGUGGGACGAAGAGCCAGACGUAUGGGUGGUAAAACGCCAUAUUCCCACGAAGCCGAUUUCCUAGUCAAUGGCAUGUAUUUGUAAGGACCAGGGGCCAAUAGUCCUGGACUUUAAGUUUUCCUUUCGAUUUUUCGUUUUGUGUUAUUUUUUAUAAUGGCUUCAAACAAAACAAUUUUGAAUAAACUCCAAAAACAAUAACAAUUAAAAUUGCAUAAUCGGAUGUAACCUAAAAAAGAGAUACUAUAUUCUAAACUAAUUUUAAAUGUGAGAAUCUGAGAAUCCUGAAAUGAAAUCUUUGUCAUUUCCGA